GUAACGACGGCUUUGCAUUGACUAGUAUUCCAAAGCCUCUCAAUCAUUCCCUCGCAAUGGAUAUAAAGGGCUGCUCCGCGUCAUCGUCUCUCUUACAAUAGCCAAUUCAAGCAUCCAUCUCGUGCAUCACUUCGUGCUAGGCUGGCGUUUACUCAAUCUUCUAUCUUCCCAGGAUGUUUUAUACUUCAAGCUUCCCGAAUAGUGAAGUACCCAUUCCUGAUACCUUUUACUCUCCGUUUGAAGGAGAAAUGCCAGACGGUGAUGGCUUGACUAUUCAACUCAUGCAAGGCUUCGACCCCGUGGCUCAGUUCACGACAUACAUCGAUGCGCAACCGAACAACCAACGACAUCCUCUGUUCAUUCCGACUCCUAGUCCAAGACUCUACUCGCCGGCGAGGCAAGACUUUGGCCGGACCACCCCUGUCAUGGCAAGUACGCUGCCAUUUAUAGACAGCUCGGCCCCCGGUCUGGGUACAGUCCGGCUCCCGCCUUUGGACAGCAGCCCUCACCAACAGCAUGAACCCCCCUUUGUACAUGUUCCAGGUCAGCAACUGUCGAGCGGGCAGACACUGCCCUCUCGCAGCAGGAACACUCCCCGCACCGGUCUCGCCACGGAGCAUCGCGACAGGACCGCAUCAACGAUCGGCAUCUUCCAAUGCGACUGGAAGGGCUGCGACGCCCGUCCGACUUUCCAUCGAUCCGCCGAUCUAUGGCGACACAUCAAACAUCUCCACUUAUCGCCUGGCUCGCAUGUGUGCCUGAUCGACGGAUGCGGUCGGUCUUUCAACCGCAACGAUAAUCUCACUGAACACGCGCUCCGCGUACACGGCUAUCCAAGCAUUCGCUAGCGGAUAUUUUUUUCGUCGAGGGAGUCUUCUUCUUACUGUGAGAAUAGGCUCGGAUCCAGCUAGGGUGACAGGCUUAGCGUUCAAGCCUAUUUCAUGUGUGUAUUUUUCUUUUCUUUUCUUUUAUUCUUUCUUUAUUCUGGCUCUCUCUCUCUCUCUUCUCAUUCAUUUUUUUCUAUCUCCC